GUGUACUUUUCGGUAUUUGAAGUUUCGUUUCAGAAAGUAUAAUUUAAAAAAGAAAAUGAGACACUUAUUUAAUUCUCAACUUAAAAAGCUAAAAUGAAAAACGUAAAACAAUUGUUUUUUUCAUUUUGUCCUUUCGCACAUCAGAAACGAAAAACCCAAGAAAAAAGAACGAGAAAGGGCCCUUUAUUUAUUUUGUCUGAACCGGAAGUUUUAGUAGGUCAACAACCUGUACAAGUGAUGCGCAAACUUAUGGCAAACACUGUAGUGUGGACAUCAUGACGUUGGAAAAAUACUCAGACGUGAUCAUGGAGAUGGCAAAACAAGGCCUGUCAUCGGAAAUUAUAUCAGAGCGUCUGUCAUAUGAACACGGGGAAGUGAGAGGAUUUUCUGCGAGAAAUGUUAGAAAGUUUUGUGCUGAGCAAAUCACUAGCUGUCGACUCUCGGACACACGGUUGGAGCUUGAGGUGACACAAGCUAUAAAUGAGGUGGGCCCAACAUAUGGCCGCAAAAUGAUGAAGGGCUAUCUGUCCACAAAAGGGGUACAUGCUGCAGAGGGACGAAUUGGGUCAAUUUUAAGAGAGGUGCAUCAACCUUAUCAUGAAGCAAGACGCCAGGGAGCUCGGAAUCUUAAUCCCACACCGUACCAUGCUGAAUGCAUGGGGCACAAGGUUCACCUGGACCAAAACGAGAAACUUGUAAUGUUUGGAGUCACCCAUGUUUUAGCUGUAGAUGGAUUCAGUAAAAAGAUUGUGAGUCAUUCCACAAUGCCAAUCAAAAACAACUUGAGCAUCUAUGAAUAUGUUUUCAGACCUGCAGUGAUCACCUAUGGUAUGUGGGACCAGGUGCGAGUAGACCAUGGAAAGGAAUUUUAUUUAACACUGUUCAUGCAAGAGAUGCUGUCACAUCAUCGCUUCAAUCAGGAGAGACUGCCUUAUUUACAGACCUCAUCCACAAGAAACCACACAGUUGAAAGGAUUUGGCCUGAAAUCAACAACCGUGUCAACUACCCACUAAAAACUGCCCUACUCCAGCUGAUGGACCAGGAGGAGAUAGAUAUGGAGGAUAACCUUGUGCGAUACUGUGUGUCCAAUCUAACCUGUCAGCUGUGUAACAUUGGUCUUGCAAGUGUGGUAGAAUCAUGGAAUGCUCAUAGAAUCCCAGGAAAAGGCAUACCAAAUCACUUUGCAGAACAUGGGUGUAAAAGAAGAAUUUCUCCAGAGCUCUUGCCAAAUGCACUUGAAGCAGCAGACCUUUACAGGCAGCACUUGGGAUCUGCACUCAAAGAAUAUUCGACUUUUGGAGUUGAUCCCUUCACAACCGAACAGGACAAACUUAGAACAGAGAGUCAUUUUGCAGAAAAAUAUCCUGAUAUUUCACAUUUGUUUUUUAGAGCCGUAAAUGGUGACUUUAUGCCAUACAAAGAAGCUCUGCUCUGUCUCAUAAACAUAACUCAGAGAAAUGUAUGAACCACUGCAUCUGUAAACUGUACAGAACAGACAAAAAAAAAAAUCAACUGACUGUAAACAUUUGUGUGUACACACUACAUUACUCCUCUGCAAAAAAAGAUUUCAAUACAGAAAAUGCAGCUGUUAGACCAGUAAUUUGUAGAACUCCGUUGUUACUCUCCCUGCAUUUUGCACAGUGCUGUGAUGUCUCUUGCCACUGUUCCACACAUGUCUUGCAGCCAAUAAUGCUUCUGCAGCACAGUGAGAACACUGGAUCCUCAAUGAUGUCUGCAAAAGUAAAUCAGAUAAGUGAGACUGUUAUCCAUUUAUGUUGAAUUUAGUUCAAACUAUAGGUUCAAAGUCAGUCUUGACAUAAAUUUACAGACAGCAUGCAGAAUAUUUUUGGUUAUUCUGUAAUUACUCUUGUUCACGCUGUUCUGAGAAAGUCCCUGUCUAUAUUUUUGUCUAUAAUUGAUGAGGGGCAAAAUCAGUACAUUUUCUCAAUUAGCAAGCAAGAAAAAUGAAAAAGUUACAGGUACUUGAUUCAAUAUAUGCAACUACAGUCCCAUUUUAAAUGUGAACUUUUUAGUUUUACAUUACUGUGAACAGUGUACCGUCACCCAUACUGACAUUGUAAUCAAUUUGAAAAGCUAUACUUUCAUAGUCAAGAUUGCAAGGAGAACCCAAAUUAAAUGUGCAUGUAAACUUUUGAAUGUUAUGUUACAGUAGACCUGCAUCUUGAUUGUCUGUGCCUAAGUAUUUAAAUGGACACUGCUGAAUAAAGAGCCUAUGUUUGGUAAAAAAA